AUGGUGGUCGCUAAUGAUCUCUCGUCCAAGACUCUCCCUAGAGUUCUCAUCGUCUCUCGCCGGACUCUCCGCAAGAACAAGCUCGUGGAUUUCGUGGGAGAGUACCAUCUCGAUCUCGUCGUCUCAUUCGGAGCAGUCCCUGUCAUCGUGCCACGUGUCACCGGCGUCCAAUCCAUGCUCCAUAGUUUCGAGCCCAUUCACGGCGUCCUCCUCUGCGAAGGAGAAGACAUCGACCCUUCUCUCUACGCCCACGACGCCGACCUCUCGCCGGAGGACAUGGAUGAGAUCAACAGGUUGCACCCAGGAGACACGACCAUCGACCGAGAGAAAGACAGCAUCGAGCUGACUCUGGCAAAACUCUGUCUCGAGAGAAACAUUCCUUUCUUAGGCAUUUGCCGUGGCUCUCAGAUCCUCAACGUCGCCGCCGGAGGCACUCUUUACCAAGAUAUCGACAAAGAAAUCGGAACCACGACGAAACAUAUAGACUACGACAACUACGAUGAGUACCGGCACGCGGUUAGAGUCGUGGAGGAGACGCCGUUGCAUGAAUGGUUCGAUGAGAUGGAUGAGAUCAUGGUGAACUCUUAUCAUCACCAGGGCGUGAAGAGACUAGCGAAACGUUUUGAGCCGAUGGCGUACGCUCCUGAUGGUUUGAUAGAAGGGUUCUAUGAUCGGAAUCGGUACGAUCCGGAGGAAGGCCAGUUCUUGAUGGGUCUCCAGUUUCAUCCCGAGAGGAUGAGACUCUCAGGCUCUGACGAGUUUGAUUAUCCGGGAUGUGCUUCUGCUUAUCAGGCGUUUGUCAAAGCUGCGACCGCGUUUCAAAAGAAGAAGAAGAAGACGCUCGUCAAAAGCUUCUCUGGAUCUGAGAUUCUAGAGGUAAACAUGGUUCUAAGCAAGCAACAAGAGAAUAGGCUGAAGCAGAUGGGAGCAACGGUGAGGAACUCGUCUGUGUAUUUGAAAAGGAUGAAGAGGAAAGAAGAGCAAGAGAGAGCGAUGGACAAGUUGUCAUCGGAGCGUCUCUCCGAUCUGCUUUCCUUCCACCGUAUGAUGGCUCGUCUCUGCUCCGAUGCCAUCAACAGGAAGCAACAAGAAUCUGCAGAGAAGACCAUAGAAUCCUUCUCUUUCCUCAACUAUUAG